AUGGCUAGUCGAAGUACUAGUCGAAUAUACCCAGUAGCCGUCGUCGGAGGGGGUCCGGUCGGCCUGGCGUCAUCAAUUCUGCUCUCGCUAUGCAAUAUUCCUCACGUGCUAUUCGAAAGAUAUCCAUCGACGUCAAUCCAUCCGAAGGCGUGCGGCUAUAAUCACCGAACCAUUGAGAUCUUCCGUCAGCUGGGGAUCGAGAACGAGGUCAUCAAGCAGCGUUCUCCGAAGGCUCUGGACGGCCAUACUGCUUGGUACACCAGCUUUGGGCCGAAUGGAAGACAGAUUGUGCAGCGCUCUGCUUGGGGCGGUGGUGAAUAUGCAGAGGAAUAUGCCAGUGUCUCGCCUUGCGAGUAUGCAGUCCUGCCGCAGAUCAGGCUGGAGCCGAUUUUGCAGAAGAGGGCUCUGGAGCUCAAUUCAGAUGGAAUAUUUUAUGAUACAGAGGUGAUGAAGGUCGAGGAGGCUGGGAAUGUUGUCUCGAUUACAGUGAAUGGCAGUGGAAGGGGAGACCCUGAGAUCUUCCAAGCAAGCUACUGUAUUGGUGCAGAUGGGGGACGUGGUUUGACAGACAGUCUCGGCAUAGGGUGGGAAGGUGAGCGAGAUAUCAUCGACAUGGUCUCAGCACACAUUCGGGCCCCGCUCUCCCUUCACCACCCUGAUGUCCGGAACUUCAUCACCUGGUUCAUCGAUCCAAAACUAGGCGGAAGCAUCGAUACUGGCUAUCUGUACCACCUCGGACCUUACCCAAUGGCACCCGAGACGGAAGAGUGGCUAUUCGCAUGUGCCCUCAACCCCACAGAUCCCAAGAGAUUCGACGAGUCUGCCAUGUUGAAACGUCUUCAUGAUACCCUCCAAAUCCCGGAUCUCCAAGUCGACCUCAUCUCUACCAGUCACUGGUACGUCAACGCUCUGUGCGCAAAACAGUAUCGAAGUAAGACUACGUCAGGGAAGGUGUUUCUGGUAGGUGAUGCGGCACAUCGUAUCCCGCCCUGGGGUGCAUUGGGUCUCAACACCGGUAUCCAGGAUGCGCAUAACCUGGUGUGGAAGCUAAAUAUCGCGCUCAAGGGCAGCCAAGGGACAGAUUCACAAACGAAACUUCCAGACUUCAACCACCUGCUUGAUACCUACGACAGCGAGCGUCGACCGAUCGGCCAGCGCGUGCGCGACACCUCGCUGCACAAUCUCCGCUCGCAUGCACUCGUCAUGGACACCGCUCUCGGAAUAUCACCGGAGCAGAGCAAAGAGGAGAAUAUCAAGGCCAUAGACUCGUUCUUCGAUGCCACGGAUACGGGCGAGGGCGACGCGCGCCGCAAGGCCGUGGACACCGCGCAGCUGAUCCUCGAUGGCGAAUUCCACGCCUUGGGCGCUGAAAUCGGCUGGUUCUACCCUGACGUGGAUGUCGAUGGCGAAGGGGCCGCUACUCGCCAUGAUGGACAGUUGAAUGAGAAGGAGGAGCUGGAUACGCUCGAGUACCAUCCUUCGACGAUCCCGGGGCAUCAUCUGCCUCAUCUUUGGCUCGAGAGAAAAGGUGAAGACGCGGGACCCAGGAACAGUAGAGCCAUCUCAGUCUCCACGAGGGAUUUGAUCCGCUAUGGCGGUUUCGUCCUGUUCACGUCGAGACCGGAUCUGUGGCGUCGAGCCGCUGCGGUAGUUGGUGGUUACUGGGGUGAUAGUGGCGUAGCCCGCUUGCUCCAUGUGGUCGGAAUACAGUCAGAAUCAGAUGGCGAGGCCGGUCAAGUGGCACCGUCAUCCGAGGUGCAACCCAAUACCGCUGAAGUCUGGAAUGACGUAGCAGGCAAAUGGCCCUCUCUUCGCGGCGUCCGCACCUCAGGCGCCGUCCUUGUCCGCCCCGACGGCAUCGUCGCCUGGAGAGCCAUGGAGUUCGAUGAAGCCAAACACAGUGUGCCUGGGUUCUUGGGCGGUAUUGUGGCGAGCGCGUUGCAGCUUUGA